CCGGCGUCAGACAGCAGGCUGCCCUGAGUGUGUGAGCAGGUUCGAUACAAACACUGGUUUGUUUUUGUUUGACUACAGUUAGAAAGACGAUGAUUAACAGUGUUUUAAACGAUGUAAUCUCGUCUUUAGUGAUUGUGUUCAAGUUUUCAGUUACGGUAAAUUAACUUAUUAACGUAACACACAGAUAUAAAGAGGUAACUGUGGUAACCGCACGUGGCAACAUUACAGGUCUAAAGAUCGUUUUAUUUUGGAAGAGAUUAAAUAGAAACGUUAGAGGAAGACUUUGGAAAUGUCCCGGCACAGUAAGAAAAACGGCAUACCUGACAGAUGGCUCAAUUACAAAGCUGUGGGGAAAAGACUUCACGGUUCACGUUUCAUCGCUUUCAAAGUGCCUCUGAAACAGUCUUUGAACCGUCAGCUGUCAGAUCGGGACGUGUUCGGACCCUGGGAGCUGCUCGACUCUCUGAAGAAAGAAAAACAAGAUCUGGGUUUGAUCGUAGACCUCACCUUCACCAAACGCUACUACAACCUGCAGGAUUUACCAGAGUCUUUGUUGUUUGUGAAGAUCUUCACGGCCGGUCACCAGAUUCCGAGCGAUGAAACAAUCCUGAGCUUCAAACGAGCCGUACGAAAGUUUCUGAGAGACAACGCAGAUAACGACAAGCUGAUCGGAGUCCACUGCACGCACGGUCUGAACCGCACAGGAUACCUGAUCUGCAGGUAUCUGAUCGAUGUGGACGGGAUGGAUCCUCAGGAGGCCGUUCAGUUGUUUAACUCUUCACGGGGACACAAUAUAGAGCGACAAAACUACCUGAACGACCUUCAACAUGGACCGAAGAGAAGCAACGACGGGAUGGAAGAGUCCGAGCAGGAGCCAAUGAGAGGUCUCGCUUCUCAUCGACCGUCGGACUCAGACAUCGGAGACGAGAGGCGACCUCACCAUGACGACUCUCGACACCACAGAAACUUCCCUCCCAGAGAAAGAAACCACCGCCCACAUCAACGCCAUCCACACGACGGCCACUUUCCUAAUCCUCCUCUGCUCCUUCCCCCUCCUUUCUAUCCACCUACGGGAGCCAAUCUCUACUCGUAUCGACGGACCCCUCCUCACCCUGACAGUCAGUGGAGGAGACCCCCCUGCCCAGAGGAGAGCAGGUCCAGGUACCCUCCAGAUGAUCGCGAUUGGAGGUCAUCGUCCCGCCGGCAGGAGGAGGACAGAUGGAGAGCUCCUCCUCCUCCUCCUUUCCUCCCCCGCUACACCCCACGCUGGAGCGAUGAGUCCAACGGCCACGGCAGACGUGAGGAGGAGGGGGUCGCUCCCAGAAGCAGACACCGCGACAGACCAGCACACAGAGACCGAGUCCGCUCAUAUGAGCAUUAGUGAAGUGAGAGAGGAGACAGGACACUGAUGACGCUCUUUAUUUAAGGGACCUGAACCAGGGGUCCAAGCUGUCUUACUUUCAGGGUCUUAAUCAGUUUACCUUUAUAUCAGGUACAAAAAGAUCUCUUCAGCCCGCAGCAGGUGAACAGCUGUUACAUCACGCUCUCUCUACAAACACACCACACUACUUUCAUAAAAACAUACAUUGUACCUCACAGGACUCAGGAGUUUAUUGUCCACCACUUCUGUUUUCUCUCUGGAGUCUAUCUGAACUUAAAGGAGCAGUAUGUAACUCUGACCCCUAGUGUUUAAAAUGGGUACUGCAGUCCAAAUGCUAAACAUUGUAGAGAGCUGUCUCUCCCCCCUCCCCCUCCUCUCUACAGUCGAUGCUCACACAGGUUGCCAUGUGGUGGACACUGAAGCUUCAGUGUUUAUCCAGCUCUGCAUCGGUCUGUAAACCUUUCUGUGUUCUAACCUCUCUCCAUUUUUCAAAAACAUCUCCAAUAUUGAUCCUAGUUUGAGCACGUUUCUGCUCGUGGAGCUUAUUAGAAACAUGCAGAGGCUUUUUAGGUCGGGUACAAUCACUUCUAUCUGAACCACUUCUCUUGCCCGCUUCCAUCACUGCAACACCUGUUGACCUGAUAACUGCUCUCAUAUCUGACAAACCAAGGGGCGUGCAAAAUGGCCGUGUGAGGGUGCCUUAAAACCGCCUACCUUCUCUGGUACAAACAAAUCCAGACCAUCGAUCCAUUAAGGAUUAUGUUUCAGACGUUACAGCCUGAUUACCUGCUGCAGGAUGAACUCAUCGACUGGAGACAUUCAGAGAAACUUUUUGUACCUUUUUAGUAAUUUAAAGACAAAAUUUGGAUAAAAAGGGUCGAAGGGAGAAGAUGACCCUGUAAUCAUGAAUGAAGAUGAGUCAGGAGUGUUUCAGCUGGUGUGCCUUUUUUCACUCUGACCUCAAGUCAGCCAAACGUUGAUCCCUCACACAAGGAGAGCUGCUGACAUGCUAACCUUCAGAGUUUUAGAUUUAAUCAGCGCGUUUUAUAUUUUCUUUUUUUUUCUCACUGCACAUGUUUACUGUUUCACAUCAGGUGGUGGACGAUCAGAGCUUUAACUUGUGGCUGUUGUCAUUAUCCAGGAACCCGUUGAUUGUUUUCUCCAUUUAAGGUUUUUACAGAGCACACCCACUCUGAUAAUUUCUAGUGUUUGUACAUGAAAUUCAAUAUCCCGUCAUUAAAGAGUCAAAACAAGAACAAGACGUCACAUUUUGAACCAGAAGCUGUGAAACAACACAUUAAAUUAAAUUUUCAACCAGUUUAAAUAAGUCUCAGAGCUCCUCAAAACAUGUGUGUGAAGUUUCUUGUUCUAAAUCCACUCUGAUCCUGUAUUUGAUCAUGCCUAUAAACCCCUCUAUUUCAGCCCUGCUCAGAACAGGCUGUUUCUGUGUCUGUACCUUUAAAUAUGUAAAUGAGCUGUGUGGCCACGCCCCCUAUCUGGAAGGGCUUGGGUGUCUCGGGCUUUCUCGCUCCAUGUCCGAGGGUGCGUUCGAAUUGUCCCUCCUAUCUCCUUUCACUAUCCACUUUACCUUAACCCCGGGGAAACGUCAUGAGGUUAAGGAAAGAUGUUAGGAGAAUUCAUAAAGGACUUAGGGAAAGGCGAUCUCGUUGCUCUGACAAUCCGACCACAUUUUCCACUAGGAGACGUCAUUAAAUGCGACGGGCCGGCGGAGGUUAAUGACGUGGGUCUGCUGUGGUGAAACUACUGAACUACUAGUUCUGAAAAUGGACUACUAAAGGCGCAUCUAAAAACUUUCCCCUGUGCCUUCUUACCAGUGAAAUAAUAAGGUUGGGAUUGAAAUAAAAGCAAUAUAGGCUACCAGGCUACAAGUAACAAAAGUGAAACCAGCAGCUUCCUGUCCACUCAGAAAUCAACAUCAACAUAAAUAUGAUUGUAUGAUAUUAAUUGUUACAUUUAUGUAAGAUAUAGCCUACAUAUAAUAUUUUAAGCAUACAAAUGUACAACUGCACAAAGCAUUCUUAAGUGAAUGAAAUAUGUUGAAUAAAACAUCAUCUGAUAAAAAUGUCUCUUAUCUUUUAUCUCUUACAUGAUCUGUGUCACUUUACGAUCAUCGUUAAUGUUCGUGAACGGUCGGAUGCGCGACUCGCUCUAAAUGUUGCGGCCGCAAGGAAUUGUGGGGCGUCAUAUCUCAUCUCCUUUCGUAAAGGAUGGUCCAGUGUAUCCUAUGCUAAUGGGGGUCAUAAAGGAAGCAUUGACCCACCUUUCCUUAACUUUUAGAGAAUUUGAACGACUCUUAUCAUGGCCGCCACUUAAAUGCUUCCAGGGUUAAGGUAAAGUGGAUAGUGAAAGGAGAUAGGAGGGACAAUUCGAACGCACCCCUAUUGUUUACGGUGAGAAGGCAGACUCAGAGGGCAGAACAAACACCUAGCUGUGGGAGUGUCACCCACCUGGGGGAGGGGCUACUGCCCUUUGUGAUGUCAUGAAGGGAGAAUCUCCAAACGAGAGAGGAUGGACUUUUCUCAUCAUUGGGGGGUUUGUAGACAGACUAGAGACACACAUUAGAGUUACAGAAACAUGGUGAAGUGUGUUUAGCAGAAUAUGUGACCCUUAAUAGAUUAACUUAAUAAUAAUCUGAAUGUUUGCCCAAGGAUUCAGUAACCAGAAAACAUUUAGAAAAGUGUCGAACAUACUUAAUGAAAUUAAAUCAUCUUCAA